UCAGAGUCACAGGCUUUAGUUCUGUUGCAUGACAGCAACAUUCUAUUCUUGUUCUGAUGUUGAAGUGAUCAGAAUAUAGGCCUACACUUCUUUGUUUGGCAAAGAACAAGGAAUUUGAAUUCAUCAUAACUCAGUGGAUUCGCAUGGACCUGCAGUAGCUUUGCUGUUCGACGGAAGACUAAAGGCAACUAGCUACCCACAGCUGUUUAUCGGAGGUCUCGGCAACAUCGCUAGCUAACUACAUAAACAACAAUGCCUUGGGCUUGGCCAUCUGUCGGUCCAGCGGUCUAGACUGCUCUCAGUCCUACUUGUUUUCCACUCAAUCGGUCUGCUCCUGUCUGAAUAUUCCAUCGCUAUUGUUCUACUGUAGCUGAGUGCUGACACCUUUAUAGCGAGCAUGGCAGAUAAACAGGAUAAGAGUGAGCUGAAGGCGGAGCUGGAGAGGAAGAAACAACGCCUGGCCCAAAUCAGAGAGGAAAAGAAGAGAAAGGAGGAGGAGAAGAACAAGAAGAAGGAUGGGUCUGACUCUAAGCGGGGAGGGGAGGGGGGUGCAGCUGGGGCACCAGACUCGUCUGACCUGGAGAAGAAGAGGAGAGAGGCUGAAGCUCUACUGCAGAGCAUGGGGAUCGCCCCUGAUAUAACCAAUGCCCAGCCUCUGAGAGUAAUAACAGAGGAUACGUGUUUGUUUCACUAUCUAGUCCCCGCCCCUAUGUCUCCCUCAGCCAAAUCAAUGUGCAGCGAGACAGGAAGCCAGGACUCUGGAGAUGGAAACUCUAGGACGUUACACUGGGAUCCUGACCCCUCUACUCUACAGCUGCACUCUGACUCCGACCUACUGGGGCGUGGUUUGAGGCUUGGCAUGGCAAAGGUGACCCAGGUGGAUUUCCCACCCAAACAGUCUGUGUCCUACUCCAAGGAGACACAGACCCCCACCUGUACACAAACACACACACAGGCCAAACCAGCAGAGGAGGAAGAGGAGGAGGAGAUGGCUGAGCCCAAGCCAGCAGAGGAGUCCCAGGAGGAGAAAGCUGAUCAGGAGGAGAAGCAGGAAGAAGUCGCUCCCAAAGAUCUGACUGAAGAGGAGAAGAUGCAGCUUCUCCACUCGGAGGAAUUCAUGGCGUUCUUCGAUCGAGGGAGCAGGAUUGUGGAGCGGGCUCUGUCUGAACGAGUAGACGUCUGCUUUGACUACAGCGGCCGAGACCUGGAAGACAAGGAGGGUGAGAUGCAGGCGGGGGCUAAGAUGUCUCUGAACAGGGCGUUCUCUGACGAGCGUUGGUCCAAGAACAGAGUGGUCACCUGUCUGGACUGGUCUCCUCAGUACCCGGAGCUGCUGGUGGCCUCCUACAACAACAACGAGGAUGCUCCUCAUGAGCCUGACGGAGUGGCUUUGGUCUGGAACAUGAAGUUCAAGAAGACAACACCUGAAUACACCUUCCACUGCCAGUCUGCAGUGAUGUCAGCAGCGUUCGCCAGGUUCCAUCCUAACCUGGUCGUGGGUGGGACUUACUCAGGCCAGAUCGUCCUAUGGGACAACAGGAGCAACAAGAGAACACCUGUACAGAGAACUCCUCUUUCUGCAUCUGCUCACACGCACCCAGUGUACUGUGUGAACGUGGUGGGGACCCAGAAUGCUCACAACCUCAUCAGCAUCUCAACUGAUGGAAAGAUGUGCUCCUGGAGCCUGGACAUGCUGUCUCAACCACAGGACAGUCUGGAGCUGGUGUUUAAGCAGUCUAAGGCAGUAGCAGUGACCUCCAUGGCUUUUCCGCUGGGUGAUGUGAACAACUUUGUGGUCGGGAGUGAAGAUGGAUCAGUCUACACCGCCUGCCGUCACGGGAGUAAAGCAGGUAUCAGUGAUGUAUUUGAGGGACAUCAUGGUCCGGUCACUGGGUUGAGCUGUCACAGUGCUGGGGGUCCUGUGGAUUUCUCCCAUCUGUUCAUCUCUGCCUCCUUCGACUGGACCGUCAAGCUGUGGACCACCAAGAGUACCCGUCCUCUGUAUUCAUUUGAGGACAGCUGUGACUAUGUGUAUGAUGUCAUGUGGUCUCCCACACACCCCGCCCUCUUUGCCUGUGUAGACGGAUCUGGACGCCUGGACCUGUGGAACCUCAACAACGACACAGAGGUGCCCAGUGCAAGUGUGUGUGUGAAUGGGUCUCCUGCUCUGAACCGUGUGCGGUGGGCUCACUCAGGGAGAGAGAUCGCUACAGGAGACUCAGACGGACAGGUGCUGGUGUAUGACGUAGGGGAGCAAAUCUGUGUGCCCAAGGCAGAUGAAUGGACCCGUUUGGUACACACGCUGGUGGAGAUCAACGAGAACCGUGAUGAAGGAGAGGAGCUGGCCGCGCAGCGCCUAGUCGCCUGAUCACCAUGGUAACCACUCCCCUCCUGCACUUGCUUCUAAAUCCUCCCUCCAGUUGGAACAGGAGUGAUGUUUAUCCUCUCAGGUUCUAGAACAUUUGCGUGUUCUGUCCACAGCUCUUCCCUAAAUAUGCAAAACUUUGUACCUUUUUACUACUUUGCAGCUCUUGUGUGUAUUCCCUAAAGGCUGACCAUGUGGGUUUAAUGGUGAAGACAAAGACAUAGGAUGACCCAUUCCAACCUUUAUAGACUAGGGCAGCAAUGUCCUUAGAUUUUAUUUAUCCAUGCUCUUAUUUAUCAUAUGCGGUUGAACAUAUUUUAAACAUAUUACAUAUUUAAACGUGUCUGCGGAUAGCUUUACUAGUAAAUCCCUUAACAUUAGCACUAUACCUAAGCUCAUACCACUACAAGACAAAGUGCUUUUUAAACUUUACUUGCCUUGACUGAAUAUGUUAGUAGUUUUUGAAUAAACUAAGGUUAAUGACUUUAUCCAUUUAAAAAUGUACUGUACCCGUAGGUCUCAAAAGAAACCCAGUGUCUCUCUCCUUCCUGAAAGGAUUUAAUGAAGUAUUUCCUCAUAUGAAGAGC